CGAACUUUUAUAUGGCACCUCUUGCUUUGUGCUGCCCUCAAACCUGAGAAAAUGCUGCGUUCUUUAUAUGAGAAUGAAACAGAUAAAAGGCUACCCUGUCACAAAUUAGCUGUUUGGUACUUUGUGUGUUUAUUAUUUUUUGGAAUUGAUCGGUGGAAAUAAUAUUUAUACUAAAACAUAAAAGGAAAUAGUAUUUAUAAUGGAGGAGGAAAGAAAUGAGAGCCUGUGCAUUAAGCGCAUAAUUAUGUGGACAGAAGGUGAAACGCGACUUCUGCUCGAUAAAUACAGGAGCUACCUGCCUGAAAUUGGUCCGAUGAAAGCCAUGCGUAACAAAAAAGAAAUGUGGGUGAGGAUAUCUACAGAGAUAGAAGGAAGAACGGCAAAGCAAUGUGAGGAUAGGUAUAAAACUUUGAUAAACAGGAAGAAAGCAGCGGUAGAAAACAACCAUACGUCUGGAGCCAAGAGGCAGAGAAUCGAGUUCGCCCAAGAGCUCGAAACCAUAGCCGUAAUUGAUGACUCAAUUGAACCAGAAGUUGAAAUGAGUAGCCAGGCGGUAGUAACAAAAAGCGUAGAUGUGCCAACAACAAGCAAAAAUGUUGCUAAGAGGAAAGUGGUUUCUGUGCAGGAAAAGUUAAUAAGUAUUUCAAGAGAAAAAGAGGAGGCGCGCGAGCGGCGUCACAGAGAAAGAAUGGAAGCUCUUAACAAUAUUCAAGAACUUAUAUCUAACUUCCUUCAAGGAAAUGUAAUAGAGGAAGAGGAAAUCUGAACGCAAUGGAAGUUACCUGAAGACGUACCUAAUUGCACUUAAUACUAACUAAUAGACUUGAAGUGAUAUUUUAGUUUUUAUGAAGUACUUUUAAUUAUUUAUUUGUUUAC